GUUGGUAGCCUACGCUUACGCCCGAGUUCGGCAACAGAACUCCCAUCCAAAUGGGCAAAUUUAAAAGAAUUGCAAGGAAGCAAACCAACCACCAUCAGAACCCCAGAGCUGGUAAAGAAUCAGGUGCCGGCACCAAGCCAGACAAGCAACAAAAACACUCCCAGCUACCCAGUAAAGCACCUGUUACCACCAAGUCUCCUCAGCAGGCUCGACAAAAAGUCCAAUUUUCGAAAUAUGACAAUGUCCUGCUAGUGGGCGAAGGCGACUUCUCCUUCGCCUUGUCGUUGGUAAAAAAUCACCGCUUUCAUCAUCUGGUAGCCACUUGCUAUGAUUCGGCCGACGUGUUGCAUAACAAAUACCCAAAUAUCGAUCAGACCAUCAAGCGGCUUGUCCCUGUCGAUGUAUUGACCAGCAGCAGUGACUCACCUCAGACAGGAGCCUCUGAUGGUUAUGACGACAAUGAGGAUGAAUGGGGCGGCCUGUCUCCGUCCGAAGCCAGCUCAGAAGCACAAGAUACGGAUCUGCUCGAAACGGAAAGCAAGAAGCAGUCAAAGAUCCAAGUACUGUACGGGAUAGAUGCUACGAAAUUAUCAAGUGCACACAGCAAAACCUUACGAUCUUCAGCACCGUACACCAAGAUUGUAUUCAACUUCCCUCACGUAGGAGGCCUCAGCACCGAUGUUAAUCGACAGGUGCGAUACAAUCAAGAGCUUCUGGUCGGGUUUUUCAAGGCCGCCAAGGGUCUCCUCUCAACCCCAAGUCGACCUGCUCGUGUAGCAGUCAAAUCUGACCAAUAUAGCACUGACGACGAAGGACUUUCCGACGAGCCAACGACCGAAGAGAAACAAAAACAAAACGGCGCCAUCAGCGGACAAAUUCUUGUCACACUCUUCGAAGGAGAGCCCUAUACAUUAUGGAACAUUCGAGAUCUUGCUCGGCAUUCGGGCCUGAAAGUUGUCGAGAGUUUCGCCUUCCCAUGGUCAGCAUAUCCUGGCUAUCGCCAUGCCAGGACCAUCGGCGACAUCACGCAUGGAAAGGACAGGGCGGAUGAAGGCAAGCGCAAGGGAGCUUGGCGAGGAGAAGAGAGGGAUGCUCGGUGCUAUGUGCUCGAGGACAAGGCUGCAAUGCCAGCGGCUGUUCGAAUCAAGAAAAGGAAGAGAAAGUUGGGUGAGGAAGAAGAUGGGGAUAGCGAGUGAUUUCGUUUAUGAGAUAUGUCUACGUCCAUUCAGGUCGGUUCAGAGCACUACUUUUCAUAUUCAUGCUCCAAUCUGUCGUCGCACCGAUACUC